AUGACUUCCCACGUUGUGAAGAAGGGAUACAUUUCCGUGAAGGAAGAAGGACUCAGGGCAUGGAUUUGGUCGAAACGAUGGAUGUUACUUCGGGAACAGACGCUCACAUUUCAUCGUAACGAGAAUACGUAUCAGGCCGUUGCCUUGAUUUUUCUUAAAGAGAUUACCAAUGUAUCACGGACAGAUUUGAAACCUUAUUGCUUUGAAAUACAAACAAAAGACAAAACAUAUUAUCUAUCUUGUAAGAAUGAUGAGGAGUUAUACUCUUGGAUGGAUGAAAUUUACGCGAGAUCACCGCUCAGUGGAGUCUCCAAUCCAACUAAUUUUUCACACAACGUGCACGUGGGAUUCGAUCCUGUUAGCGGAUUGUUCACCGGACUACCGGAAGAAUGGACAAAGCUCCUGACGGCUUCGGCCAUAACAAAAGAGGAUUAUGCAAAGAAUCCACAGGCCGUUUUAGAUGUAUUGGAAUUUUACACAGAGAAUCAAAAACGAGAGCGUGAGGAGUAUGGAGACCACGGUCUUCUGGGGCCAAUUCCUGGGUUAUCAAAAGGUGCCGAUGAUAAGUGGGCAGACUUAUUACCAAAGAAUCCUCAAAAGAAUCAAUUAUACCCCAAACCUGACACCUCUAAUGGACAAAAUAUCUUCCCGGGAGGUGGCAUUAUGAACGGGAAGCAAAUGGAGUAUGAUAAAUCGCCCAGUUUAUCAAGUUCAAUGACGAGAGUUGAACCUUUGGAUUCUACACAAAAGACAUACCAUAGCGACGUGUCCAACCAGAGCAAUAAUUACCGACCAGUGACUCCUCCAAAUCGACCCCCAAUCACACCAAGGCCGCCUAAUACAUUAAGCUCCAACAAUAUGAACAAACCCUUAAGUCCGAGUUCCGUCACACAAAACACACUUAAUACCCCUCAGACGUCGCGCUUACCUGACAAAUACUCAACUGCGAAUAACUAUCAGCAACAACCAUCAUCACAACCGCAACUAUCGACAACGCCCAUUUCUCAACCUUCUGCCCAACAGCCGAAGCGUGAUCCCAGUCCCAAUCCUUCCAAGUCAUCACCGACGAACCAGCAACCUCAAACAAAACAAACAUCAACUCAACCCAAACAGCCCCCAAAGAAAUCCACCCCCGAAAGAAGAAUUAGCACAAUGACAGAAGCUCAAAUUAUGGAAAAACUAAGAUCCGUUGUAUCAUCGAGUGACCCCACAACUAUGUAUAGCAGGAUUAAGAAAGUAGGGCAAGGCGCAUCCGGAUCAGUAUAUGUGGCAAAAAAUCUUAUGACUAAUUCAAAAGUCGCCAUCAAGCAGAUGGAUCUUUCACAUCAACCUCGAAAAGAGCUUAUAGUCAACGAGAUUCUCGUAAUGAAAGAGUCGCAACACCCAAAUAUUGUGAAUUAUCUUGAUUCUUUCUUGGUUAAAAGUAAUGAGCUUUGGGUCGUGAUGGAAUACAUGGAAGGUGGAGCAUUAACAGACGUAAUUGACAAUAAUACAUUGGAGGAAGAUCAGAUCGCGGCGAUAUGUUUCGAGACGUGUAAAGGUCUUCAGCACUUGCAUGGACAGAACAUCAUUCAUCGUGAUAUCAAGAGUGACAACGUCCUGCUGGACGCAUUUGGUCACGUAAAAAUUACCGAUUUUGGAUUUUGCGCGAAAUUGACAGAUCAAAAAAAUAAAAGAGCAACGAUGGUGGGUACCCCGUAUUGGAUGGCACCUGAAGUUGUGAAGCAGAAAGAGUAUGGAGCAAAAGUUGACAUCUGGUCUCUUGGAAUCAUGGCGAUAGAGAUGAUUGAAAAUGAACCGCCGUACUUGGAUGAAGAACCACUUAAAGCAUUGUAUUUAAUUGCCACGAACGGAACGCCGACAUUGAAAAAACCGGAAAAGUUAUCCAAGGAAUUAAAGAGUUUCCUCGCAGUCUGUCUUUGCGUGGAUGUCAAAAGCAGGGCCACCGCUUUGGAACUUUUGGAGCAUGAUUUCCUUAAGAAGGCUUGUCCACUAUCCGAUCUUGCACCUUUGCUCAAGUUCAAGACGGCCAAGGAUGGUAGAUAA